AUGGAUGAAGCUGCAAUCGACCGUCUCGGGCAUAAAGUCGGCGAUGGAUUGAUUGCCUACAGCAUCGCUGGCAGUGAGGCUACCAAGUUCACGGCGUCAGUGCGAGCAAUUGGAGCUCCCAGCGGGAACGGAGACAUUGACAAGAUUGUUAGACUUGGAUAUGUCUUCUUUCGUUCGGUGUUUGCUAAUGGAGAUGACAUCUUGGCAGAUACACCACUGGAACGUGCAUUUCUCUGGACGCUUUCUACGUCAUCUGCCAUCUAUGGACAAUUGGACUUUUUGCACGAGGGCUUUCUCCUUGGCAUACAAUGCAAAAGUAUUGAGAAGGGUUGGAUUUUCAAAGACAGUACCCUUACCUCCUUUGAUUUGGCGAAAGUUCGAAGCAUGCAAGUCAACACCAUGUAUUGUGCGGACGAGGGAAACGGGCAGAAUUCGCACCCUUUCGGCGACAUCUUCUUCAAGACGUCAAACAACCGACUUGUCUUGAUUGACGUCACAGGCAGCACAGAUACUGCGAAAUGCCGAAACAAAGGGCUUCGAUUGGUUGAUUGGGUGACUUAUGCAAAGAAAAAGCAGCGGUUUGUCAGCAGAGCUAACAAAAUCCGUUUCUCCUGGAUUGUGUUGGCCCCAUUGGUACCUGGAGAAUCUCACUUCAUUAGACACUCAGUCCAAGGCCGCCGUGGAUGCACUACCCAUGAGCUAUGCCAACAAGUUCGUGCUGUGGUGGGUGCCGAUGCAAUUACAUUGCUGGGAGGGCUCGCACAGUUUUUGACCUGGUUCCAGUGA